UAAACAUCUCAAAAUAUCCACAGGAGCUAUGCAAGGCACUUGCAGUUAUAGCAUGCUUAGCAACAUGCAUUCCUAACACUAGUCGCGCGGUUGAUGGAGUGACUUCUAAACUAUGUUGGUUGAAUUGUCACGUCGAUGACCUUCAUUCAUUAACUUGUCGUGAAUUAAUGUGUUUUCAGUGGUGUGUCGUUGGAUUUCACUACAGCAUCCAAGAGGGCAAGCAGCAAUUGCAGGAUAGCUUCUCUCAGCUGAUCAGCCCCCGGCAAUGGCUGAGGUCAACAGUUCAGACCUGGUACAUCUAGAGGAUGGGAGUAAGGUCGUCAGAGUGCCAGACCUGGUGAACGAGAAGAGCCACGUGGUGUUUGCGCAGUGCACCUCGGCACCGCUAUCUCCAGACAAGCCUUACUUCAGGGUGAAAGUGGUCCAGCUGGCAAAAGAAGCUGUCAUCGCCAUUGGCAUCAGCCAAGAGACAGACUUGGAUGCAGAGGACGUAGAAGACGAUGAGGUGGACAGGCCCUCUAAGAGGAAAAGUGAUGCGGUGGUCUACUUCAGCGAUGACGGUAGCAUCGCCAGCCCAGCAAGAAAGGGCUCCAAGGAGUUCGUUCAGACCUUUGGUCAAGGCGAUGUGGUGGGUCUGUACAUUGACUACCACUCCAAACACAAGUCGUUAGUCUGUGUGCUCAAGAAUGACCAGCUUGUUCACCGGCGCUGGCUAGCCCUGAAAGAAGACCUCCUGCUGCCUACCGUCAAUGUGUGGUGGGGGACGGCAGAGCUGCACGUGGACUGGCUCAGCUCGUCCCCACCAGUCUCGUCACAGGAGAACCUGUCUGACUGGAACAUGCCUGACACUGUGACAGCCGAUGACAACCUAUUGAGCCUACGCACAUCAUCAAAAGUGGCCGCUAUCCAAGCACCCUUCCCUCUUCAUAAAAGCUCCACCCAGUACCUAGAGAUGACCAUUGUGUCAAUGGGGGAGGAGGCUACGGUUGGCCCUGUGAUUGGUCUCACCUCAGCCCUCCUGGAUGACACUAAGCUGCCAGGUACAAUGAUGGAGGCCGUUGGAUAUAGUGGAGCAGAUGGGACAGUUUACUUUGAAACUGCAGAAAAUGCCACCAAGCUCGGGGAGAACUGUACUUGUGGGGUAGGAGAUACUAUGGGCUGUGGUCUGGUGUUUGUGGAGACUGAAGUGGCCAACCCGAGGCUGCCGACCAACGUCAUCGUGUACUUCACCAAGAACGGUCAGGUGGUACACCAACGCUCGCUUGAUCAACCAAUGGGAGGCUUCUACCCUACCAUCGGUCUAGCCUGCCAAGGUUGCACUGUCAGAGUAAACACUGAGUGCCCGGAGCCGACCUCACUGGAUGUCAGCGCAUGGAGAGCUGAAGCCAUCAAGAAGGCCAUGCGUUUUGGUGGAUUUGGCUUAAUCAGUUCCAAACAGUCCACAGGACCGAAGCACAUCGAGGGAGAGACAUCGGGCAACUUUCGCUUCAAUGAGCUGCUGGGGGUGCCCUCCGAUAACGUGAUCAGACUGAAGGAGAAAACCUCCAGAAUGCAGCUGAUUCAGCUGCUGAAAACGAUGACACCAGAUCAGCCCUACUUCACCGUCACCAUCACCGAGGAAGAUGCGGACGGCAGAGUUGUGAUGGGCAUCAGUCGCAGUGGACAAAGCGUCGGCGUACUACCCGGCGAUGUACUAGACACAGUGGGCUAUUCCUGUGAGGGUGCAAUCUAUAAUGGUGUUGAUAGGUUCAAGACAGAGAAAUACACUAAAGGAGAUGAAGUUGGGUGCUUCGCGGAGUAUUUCGGUGAAUCGGUCAAGAUUGUGCAAUUUGUCAAGAAUGGCCAGCUGGUGGGUCUGACCCCUCUGACCGGCGGGAGUCAGGAUAUCUACCCCAGCCUAGGUUUUGUGGGGGAACCCUGUGCUGUGAGGGUGUCAUGGCCGGACACUAGACCCACCCCUCCUGGCACAUUUUCCAAGGACAUGCUCUCCAACUGGAUGAAGAGUACCGGGCUUUGCGUGCGUGACUUCCAACUCAGCGUGCAGAAGAAGAUGAGAAAGUUGAAAGCCAUGUGUCUCCGAUCACCUCAACCUCUUACCAGGGCCUGGAGCUAUUUUGAAGUCACCAUCCACUCCAAGGUGCUCUCCACUCCGGCCCAGAAGGUCAGCAAAGCCCCAGUAGUUGGGCUGACCAAUGACAUGGGGCUGAAACCAUUCAAGAAACUGACGAAUGACGAGAGGACCAGGGACAUCCGAUACUACUGCCACAGUAACAGCAUAGGCUUCAAAGAUGCUUUGUUGCAUAAAAUGGUGUCUGUGAAUGAGUACCUUGGGAAUGGUGACCGACUGGGCUUUGGUAUUGUCUAUCCGGCCAUCAAAAACCAGCCAAGUGACCGCGCCCAGCAAGUUGUGGUGGUCUACUGCACUGUGAACGGCUCAGUCAUCCACCACCAAGCCAUGCAGCAGCCAGAAGGGGGAUUCUAUCCUAUCAUUUCCCUCUACAAAUAUGGCAGUGAGGUUGACAUUAUACACAACAGUAGCCCACCCUCAAUGGGCGAUAUAGGCAACUGGCUGGCAGAUGCCGAGUUCCUGAGGAAGGAGAUAGCUCGGGCUAAGAAAGAUGCUGCCGGAGACCACAGGCAGACCGCGGAGGAGAGACAGGCCCGUCCAGCCUCCCCAGUCGAACGUACUGAGAACCAUCUCAACAAGUACAAGAUAUACAUCUACUGCGACCCCGUGCGCUACAAUGAGGCCACGCAUAUCCAGUCAAGGCUGGAGACAAAAGGCUUCAACACGGUCCUGCCAUCCAGGGAUGCCCUGAACAGCUCCAGCCUGAGCAGCGAUCAGGUGGCCGCUAUCCGGACCUGUGACUCCCUAGUGUGUUGCGUUGGGCCAGAGAUCAGCACCAGCCAGCGGGCGCUGGCCACCCUGGACCUGUGCAAGGAGAGCAGUAGGCCCAUACUGCCCUGCAUCCUGACCCAUGUCGCCUGGCCACCUGAGGGACUGACGCAGGAGCACUUCCAGAUGCUGACGUUGGAUAAGAUAGAGAUGACAGAGGAUUUUCACUGGGGCGUAGAGCAGGUCGGAGAGAAGACCCUUAACCUGAGGGGCAAAGGUUACAAUGGCAAGCUCAUCAAGGUGGAGCUGGGCGACGCAGCCGAAAUGCUGUACACUGACGCUCAGAAAGGAAAUAAGACUAGCAACAAGGUGAGUGAUCCAGAUGCACUCAAGGCGGCUAUGGAAGAUGCUGAUCAAAGGAAGGCCACGUCCUUUGGCAACACCUCCCCCAAUGGUUCCCCGUCAGGAUCCACACCCAGGGACAAACCCCAGGACAGACCCCAGAGUGUCAAACCAUCAGGCAAACCCGACCGGGCCUCCUCAGGUAAACCCAGGGCCAAGUCGGCUGGGGCUGGAGGUCAAGGGUCCGGGGGCAUCCAGAAAUCCAAAAUGUGCUCCAUCUUGUGAAAUUCUGUCCACCUUGGUUUCUCUGUGAAACGUCUCUAAUUUGGGGACCUAGGUAACAAAUUCCCAAAUUAAAGACAAAAUGUGGAAGUUUGUGAGUGCAGCAAUCACGGUUGUACUGAAUGCUACAAGAUUCUGUUUGAUUUUUGUUAUAAUGUGAGUACUGUGGCUAUUUUGGAAGAAGGAACUGAUGCGUUGAUGAGCUUUUGUUAAAAAUAUUCUUGAAAUGACAAACUUGGUUUGUUAAAACCCAACUUGAGAGCUUUUUAUACUGUAUAAAUUUGGAAUUGAAAUCAUUUCAGUGGUUAUGUUUAAAAGAGUAAAGUGCAGGUACAACUGCACUGAAGGUGUUCACCUUGUGAAAUUAGGCACACUGUUUUAGGAAUAUACCAUUUUUUUAUAUAGAAGGACCUGUACAGAGCAGAUAUUUAUAGCAUUUGUUGUCAUUAGCACUGUCGUUAGAGAAAGGAAAUGGCCUGGUGCAAUAGGAAUGCAUUUCCUGUGUGGAAUUUGAUUAACCUACUGUAAGAACUUUAGGUCUCUGACCAUAUCUAACACUAGUUUGAAUCAGCUCUAUUUUUAUGACCAAGAUACGUUUCUGAAUUUAGGGUAUGCAACAUCCAUCUUUUUGUGAAUUUAGUUGUACACAGUUGUGCAAGUUUUGUGGUCUGAAUAUCUUUUAUCACGAAGACCAAAAUUAUGAAAUGCAUAUUAAGUUUUGAGAGUUUCAUUUUUUUGUUUUGUAUUGUCCGUCCUGACAAAUACAUGUUAUCAAUCCAUUUCUCAUUGGCUUUGAUUUCAAAGCCAACACUCCUGUAAGCUGGCAUGUUUGUCAUCUGCACCAUUCAAUUUAGGUCAUAGUCGUGCUGUCUUUUGAUAUUAGUCUUGUUAAGUUGUUAGUCUUGUUAAAGUUAAACUAUCACAAAAGCACCUCUAUUCAAACAGGCAGGGACCAAAUUGAUUUCCCUCAGUGCAAUAAUCAUUUGGGUGCACUGAACUGCUGAGGUGAAAAUAUUACAUGUACAUCACAACUUUAUGAGCUAGUUGACUCUAAGCUGAGAACCAGUCACAUGAAAUCCACAUCAAGUGGCAUUUUUUGGUUGGUAGUCCGCUUUUGCCUUGCAUACUUUUUUUCUGUGCUCACCUUUUGGUGCAAAAAGCAUACACUGAAUCAGCUGACUUAAUUCUAUUGGACUUGGGCCGUGAUUUAUCUCAGUGAUGCAACCUAACAGGCCCAAUCGGCAUUCAGGUUUCAAGUCUUGUCUCUGAUCACAUGGAAAAGGCAAAAAUUAUGGGCAUUAAAAUGAUAAAUUAUUGCAUGUGUGUUCAACUUUGCUUGGCACACAGUUAUAUUGAGCAGCAUUCCCUGCUGUUAGUUCUAUGGAGUGAGAGCUCAGGUAUUGGUUAGUGGAAUGUACGCAGUGCAGCAAAAGAGUUAUCCAUGCUUGCUGUGUGAUGGUUUUCAUGUGGUUAGUACCGUUUAAAUAUAGCAAAUGAAGGAAUAUAAUUUGCCAGCAUGACAAACAUAAUGAAUUUGUAACAGAAGUAAAUGUACAUGGAGUUUUAAAACCCGAACCCAAAAUAGCACUGGUAGGUGUGGGAGGAACGUGUACUUUGUCACAAAAAUGAAUAAAAGUUGUCUUCCAUAUGCAGAUUUUAGACAGUCACAGGUGUCGGACAAAUUGAACCGGUGGCAUAGCCUAGGCUGUUCUCAGGGGAGGAUGGGGCAAGGGGGGGCAAGACUUCCCACAGGGACCUCCUUGAUGCCCUUCCCCCUCCGGUCACUCAGUGAGGCUCUCUUGGAAGGGGGCAAGAGGGCAAGAGGUUCCCAUGAGGUGAUAGUCCCCCGUCCCCUUGGUUACGCCACUGAAAUUUACAACCCUGAAACUUUUUUUUGGGGGGGUACGACUAGCAAACAUUCUUCCAAAUCAAUUUUUUGUUUUAUGCAAGUUAUCCACUGCAUCACCGUCAAGUCAGUUUGCAAGACAAAAGUCAGUUGGCAAGUUCACUCGGAAGAAUUUAAAGGGGCUUCGUUUGAAUACAUUGUGAAACGACAUGACUAGCAAUGGGCUUUGAGGGGACUAUUUGAUGAAGUGGACUACAGCACUGAGUUGUUCGUUGACAGGAGUUCCUGUAACGCUUAAUUUGUCCCGGCAGUCCGUGGUUAGAAGCAGUAUUCACAUCAUUAUUAUUAGCCUUCCGUGAAAUAUGGUAGAAUUUUCCGUCCUUGAAAUAUAGUUGUUCGAAUAAAGUUUGCAUGCAGUACCCUACAGAGAAUCCUUAGGCUUCUGAUGUGUUUGUUAGCUGGAUCAUUUAUUUCAUGCUCAAGUUUGUACUAUUAAACAUUACAUCGUAUUCCUCCGUAUAUUUAUAUUGUAUUCUGUGCAGUUUUGGGGUUCGUUGUGAAAGAGCAUCUGUCUUGUUUGUAUAAGUAAACACCUAAUCGUUGUAAUCUAGACCUAUGCACUAGGAUAUUAACAGUUCCAAAUUGCUCACCAAGUAAUUCUUGGAGCUAUUCAGCAGAAAAAGGACUUCGGAAACUUUCUGUCCGGGCCAGCGUUAUCUGGCAUUCUGUUUACAAGCAGUCGGUGUUACAUAACAUUCUUGCUGUCGUUGCCAAAGCUUUUCUACCCGGAGCAAAUCGGUGUGCUUUGUGCAAUUGGCCACUAUGUAGGGUGCUUUAUGUUUUAGGUGAGAAUGCAUAAUCUUUUUUCCAUGUGUAUCAUUCCAUGGUGUGUUCAUAAUUUGGUGCCAUGCCUUGUAUAAGGCGUGGACCUAAGAAUGGGAUGGGGGAUGGGGUGAGGUUUGGGAGAUAUAUCGGUCGUGUCGCUCGAUCACCUUCCAUAAACCUCUCGCCAACCUUGGAAGUCUUGUGGCCCAUAUUUGUUUGCAACCUUGGACUUCUCGUAGAAUCGUCCGACCAGAGAUUGAAUGAUGUUGAAAUAUCUGUAUCUAGGUACCACUGUGGAGUAUUCUGUCGCUUCGUUUGUGUGUGCCAUCUCGCUUUUGAUACUCAUAAUUUCGGGAUUAAAAAAAAAAUUGGUUUUGCCUCCACCUGAAGAGGUGGAAGCACAGGAAAAUUGAA